AGGUAUGAAAACGCCGUAAGUGAAUUAGUGCACCAGUGUCACUGAAACAAGAUAACCUUACUUUUUGAAUUUUAUUAUUUCUUUAUUAGGUUGAAACAUGGCCGCGAUUUGUCGUCUGGUCGCGGUCAUUGGCAAAAACAUUGCUUUUGGGGAGAGAAGACAUUUAUCACUAUCGCUAACAAGAAAAUUAAAAGAAAUUAGUGAAGCAAAAGAAGGAAAUGUUCGUAUCAUUGAAGGAAAAAUUCUGCCCACCGACAAGGAGAACUUAUUUUUGAAGACGAAGGAGAAUGGAGCUUGCCCUAUUUGCUCAACGGGUCUCGUUGUUAAACAUACGGAUGUGCUGAUUUUAAAACAAUUUCUAAGAUCGGAUGGAUGUAUGUUACCACAAAGAUUGACCGGUUUGUGCCGAAUUCAACAGAAAAGAAUUGGAAAGAUGGUUGCCAUGGCCCAAAAAGCAGGUUUGAUGCCUAACUUGGUUCCAUCAAAUAAAAAGAGGGAACCAUUUGAAAGAUAUAAGUGGAAGAAGUUUAAUACGUACUACGACGAAAAAACAAUAAGGCAUAGGUAUAAUAUAUAAUUAAAAUAAUUUAUUUCACAAAAAUCUGUAAAAUGAAUUGUAAUAUUCUAAUGGAUUAAAUGCUUACCUUUUCCA